GAGCUUGCAGCGCACUCUACAGCCGAUUUCGCUCUCUUUGAUCGAAAUUUGUCAGAAUUUUCACAUUGAAAAGCAUCUCCCAACGACAAUGAAUGCGGAAAAAUUGAAGAAACUGCAGGCUGAGGUCCGCAUUGGUGGCAAGGGCAUGCCCCGUCGCAAGAAGAAGAUUGUGCACACAAAUUCCGCUGUGGAUGACAAAAAGCUGCAGCUGUCGCUGAAGAAGCUUGGCGUGAACACCAUCCCCGGAAUCGAGGAGGUUAACAUGAUCAAGAACGACGGAACGGUUAUUCACUUCAACAACCCGAAGACUCAGGCUUCGCUAGCUACCAACACAUUCGCCAUCACCGGUCACAGUGAAUCGAAGCAGAUCACGGACAUGCUUCCGAGUAUCAUUUCCCAGCUGGGACCGGAAGGACUCAACCAGCUGAAGAAGUUGGCGAGUGCAGCCGUAGCAGAGGAUGACGAUGAUGUACCGGAGUUGACCGAAAACUUUGAGGAAGCCUCCAAGCAGGAGGUUGAAAAUAUUACACAGAAGGUGCAGGAGAUUCCGGUUUCUUAAAUUGACUCCCUCCCUCUAGCUACUGCGCGCCUCUUCGCUCCGUUUCAACAAUAUUAGUCGUUCCCAUCCCCAUAACAAAAGAUAAGGAUGUGUUUUUUUUUCUUUGUGCGUGCUGGUUCAGCGCUGAAAAUUUCUGCUCGACAAAAAAGUACACAUCUCUGCAAGUCCGUCAUCAUCAGCAUUCAAGGUUGGAUUCGUUUCAAUCGAUCAGCAGGUAGCAUUUUCCAUCCCAUUUUCCGUGUGCCAUCCGGGCCAAGCGAACGGCAGACGAAAACCUUCACUCUCAUGGAGCUCGGGCGCCAGUCGAGUGGUGGUGGUUUCUUCUCGUCGCCGAAUGAAAAUGGGAAAAUCAAUAGCAUAAAACCAACUACAACACUCUGUGACUUGUAAAUAACAAAGAGUAAAACUGAACAAGCAUAAAACAGUGGAAUAACAACAGCAAGAAGCAGAUGAAAAACUUCGUUAUAAAACACAUUUUAAUAAACAAAAAUUGAAUAAAGAGUAGAUUUAAGGAAACAUAAGGAAUCCAAAAGAAUAAA